UGAUGAAGAGUCACAACGCGUUCUCACAAGACUCACGCAUCCCCUAUAUGAGCAGCUCUUCCCUUCGUUCCUUGCCGGGAGGACCACACGUACAUGCGCCAGCUCCGUAGCUUGCGUCGCCUCAAUUAUUUCUUCUCCAGCCCUUUUAUUACCCCACCAGCACUCCGCAUCCAAGCACGGAGCUUCAAUUCGACCACUCCUACUUUCAAAUUCCAAGUCGAAAAGAAAGACAUCACCAUGGCGCAUCCAACAGUCACGAUGAAGGGCGCGCCCUUUGACAGAGCUGCCAUGGAAACGCUCAUGCGCCGCCGCCUGUUCUAUACGCCUUCCUUCGAAAUAUAUGGAGGUGUUUCUGGUCUUUACGACUACGGCCCUUCUGGGUGUGCGCUGCAAGCUAAUAUCGUGGAUACAUGGCGCAAGGAAUUCGUUCUGGAGGAGAACAUGCUGGAGGUCGACUGCACUAUGCUGACCCCUCAUGAGGUCCUCAAGACAUCCGGCCAUGUGGACAAAUUCGCGGACUGGAUGACCAAAGACCCGAAAACUGGCGAGAUAUUCCGCGCGGAUCAUAUCGUAGAGGAGAUUCUGGAGGCUAGGCUCAAGGGUGACAAGGAGGCAAGAGGGCAGAAGGUGGACGACGAAGACAAGGAAGACCCCAAGAAAAAAAAGAAGAAGGUCAAGGUCAUCAAGGCAGAGAGGCUUGAUGAUGCGCUUGUGAAAGAAUACGAGGAGGUUCUCGCAAAGAUCGAUAAUUACAAUGGCGAGGAACUGGGCGAGCUCAUCGAGAAGUACAACAUCAGGAACCCGGCGAACGAUGGAGAGUUGGAGCCACCCAAGGCUUUCAACCUCAUGUUCCAAACUUCAAUUGGCCCAUCUGCCAACUCCCCCGCGUACCUCCGACCUGAGACAGCACAAGGCCAAUUCUUGAAUUUCCAGAAGCUCCUCGAGUUCAACCAACAAGCUAUGCCAUUUGCCUCUGCAUCUAUUGGAAAAUCGUUCCGUAAUGAGAUUUCGCCCAGAGCCGGCCUUCUGCGAGUCCGAGAAUUCUUAAUGGCGGAAAUUGAGCAUUUCGUUGAUCCCCAGAGUGGCAAGAAGCACCCUCGGUUCGUCGAAGUCAAGGACGUUGAGCUAGAGCUGUUGAACCGAGAAGUUCAGCUAUCUGGCAAGACUGACGUCAAGACCACACCUAUUGGAGAGGCUGUUGAGAAGGGUGUAGUGGACAACGAGACGCUUGGCUACUUCCUCGCGCGUAUUCAGCUGUUCCUGUUGAAGCUUGGUGUCGACAAGUCAAAGAUCCGAUUCCGACAGCAUAUGCGGAACGAGAUGGCACAUUACGCUGCAGACUGCUGGGAUGCAGAACUUCUGACUAGCUACGGCUGGAUUGAAUGUGUUGGCUGCGCUGAUCGAUCGGCGUACGACCUCACUGUGCAUGCGAAGCGAACCGGUGCUCCGCUUGUCGUGCGAGAGACGCUGAAAGAGCCUCUCCGGAUAGAAGAGUGGCAAAUUGACCUCGACAAAAAGAAGUUUGGUCCCAAAUUCAAGAAGGACGGCAAAGCCGUAGAGGCUGCUAUCGAGGCUCUAACCCAAGACGUGCGAGAAAAGCUGUCCCUAGAACUCAAGGAGAACGGCAAGAUCACUGUAGAGGUAAGCGGUGUUGGUGAUGGCAGGGUAGAUGUGGGCAAGGAUCUUGUCGCGAUUGAAAAGCGGACCCGUGUGGAGUCCACGCGGGAGUACACGCCCAACGUCAUUGAACCGUCGUUUGGUAUCGGCCGCAUCCUGUACGCCCUGUGCGAACACGUGCACUGGACUCGCCCUGGAGACGAAGCAAGGGGUGUCUUGUCGUUCCCGCCUCUGAUUGCGCCGACCAAGGUUCUCAUCGUACCAUUGUCAGCGCAUCCGGACUUCCAGCCUCUGAUACACGACCUGAGCAAGAAGCUCCGGACUCUGCGGAUCUCCAGCCGGGUGGACAGCUCGAAUGCGUCGAUCGGCAAGCGAUACUCCAGGAACGACGAGCUCGGGACGCCGUUUGGCGUGACGGUCGACUUCCAGUCGGUCAAGGACAAGACGUACACGCUCCGCGACAGGGACACGACGAAACAGGUCAGGGCAGGCGAGGACGCGAUCUUGCAGGCGAUCGUGAGUCUCACAGAGGGCGCGGAGUCGUGGGAGGACGUGGCCAAGCGGUUACCAGCCUUUGAGGGCCAAGAGGUGGACUAGACGCGCUGGCACCGGUGCUUCCGCUCGCCGUACGAGUCCGUGGCAUGGGUUUCUUAGGGUCGUGGUGUUGGACAGAGUUGGCACCUAGAUAGAGCACC